GCGGCAGAGGCGGCAGCAGCUCGGCUCCGCACUCCCUCGGGGUGGCCGCUCGGAUCUGCCAGGGCGCCUCACUCCCUCGCCUCAGGCAGCGGGACCCUGUGGGCACUGAAAUCCAGCUCACUCAUGCUUAUUUCCUGUAAUGGACAAACUUGAUGCUAAUGUGAGUUCCAAGGAGGGCUUUGGUUCAUUGGAGAAGGUCUUGCUGCUCACGUUUCUCUCGGCAGUCAUCCUGAUGGCCAUCCUGGGCAACCUGCUGGUGAUGGUGGCUGUGUGCAGGGACAGGCAGCUCCGGAAAAUAAAAACCAAUUAUUUCAUCGUAUCUCUUGCCUUUGCGGAUCUUCUGGUUUCGGUGCUGGUGAUGCCCUUCGGUGCCAUUGAGCUGGUUCAAGACAUCUGGAUUUAUGGAGAGAUGUUUUGUCUUGUGCGGACAUCCCUAGAUGUCCUGCUCACAACGGCAUCAAUCUUUCACCUGUGCUGCAUUUCCCUGGAUAGGUAUUAUGCCAUCUGCUGCCAGCCUUUGGUUUACAGGAACAAGAUGACCCCUCUGCGCAUCGCAUUAAUGCUGGGAGGCUGCUGGGUCAUCCCCAUGUUUAUCUCUUUCCUCCCUAUAAUGCAAGGCUGGAAUAACAUUGGCAUAGUUGAUUUGAUAGAAAAAAGGAAAUUCAACCAGAACUCAAACUCGACCUACUGCAUCUUCAUGGUCAACAAGCCCUACGCCAUCACCUGCUCCGUGGUGGCCUUCUACAUCCCGUUUCUCCUCAUGGUGCUGGCCUAUUAUCGCAUCUACGUCACUGCCAAGGAGCAUGCCCACCAGAUCCAGAUGUUGCAGCGGGCAGGAGCCCCCUCAGAGGGCAGGCCCCAGCCAGCUGACCAGCACAGCACUCAUCGCAUGAGGACAGAGACCAAAGCGGCCAAGACCCUGUGCAUCAUAAUGGGUUGCUUCUGCCUCUGCUGGGCUCCAUUCUUUGUCACCAAUAUUGUGGAUCCUUUCAUAGACUACACUGUGCCCGGGCAGGUGUGGACUGCUUUCCUCUGGCUCGGCUAUAUCAAUUCUGGGCUGAAUCCCUUCCUCUACGCCUUCUUGAACAAGUCUUUCAGACGUGCCUUCCUCAUCAUCCUCUGUUGUGACGAUGAACGCUACAGAAGACCUUCCAUUCUAGGCCAGACUGUCCCCUGUUCAACCACAACCAUUAACGGAUCCACGCAUGUACUGAGGUAUACAGUUCUGCAUAGUGAACAUCACCAAGAACUUGAGAAACUGCCCAUACACAUCGACCCAGAGUCCCUGGAAUCAUGCUUCUGAUAGAGGAUGUGGCUCACCAUUUGGUCAUUCAUUCCCAUUCAUGUUUGUACAAACAGGACACCUUGGCAUCAUGCCUGAUCCUCAUCAUCACCAGUAAGGCACGAGGCAGUGGGUCCGAGGGCCCUCUGAAGGUUCACGGAAGAGAGUGUUGG